AGUCUUGCGGGGAAACGUCUCCUUGGUGCUGGUGGAGAACAGAACCGGGAAGGAGCAGAGCAGGAUGGUCUGGCAUGUUGCCACAAAUGAAGGCCUGAGCCUGUGGCAGUGGACGGUGCUGCCUCUUCUUGACGUGACUGACAGGUUCUGGCUGCAGAUUGCCGCAUGGUGGGAACGAGGAUCCAGAGCCACCGUGGCUUUUGACAAUAUCUCCAUCAGCCUGGACUGCUACCUCACCAUCAGUGGGGAGGACAAGAUGCUGCAGAAUACAGCACCCAAGUCAAGAAAUCUGUUUGAGAGAAACCCCAACAAGGAGAUGAAACUCUGGGAAAACACACCAAGAGAGACCCCCAUCUUUGACCCUACAGUUCACUGGCUAUUUACCACGUGUGGGGCCAGUGGGCCCCACGGCCCCACGCAGGCCCAGUGCAACAAUGCCUACCGGAACACCAACCUGAGCGUGGUGGUGGGGAGCGAGGGCCCCCUCAAGGGCAUCCAGACCUGGAAGGUGCCAGCCACCGACACCUACAGCAUCUCGGGCUACGGAGCUGCCGGCGGGAAAGGCGGGAGGAACACCAUGAUGCGGUCCCACGGCGUGUCUGUGCUGGGCAUCUUCAACCUGGAGAAGGACGACACGCUGUACAUCCUGGUUGGGCAGCAGGGGGAGGACGCCUGCCCCAGCACAAACCGAUUAAUCCAGAAAGUCUGCAUUGGAGAGAACAACGUGAUAGAGGAAGAAAUCCGCGUGAACAGAAGCGUGCACGAGUGGGCAGGAGGGGGCGGAGGAGGGGGCGGAGCCACCUACGUAUUUAAGAUGAAGGACGGCGUGCCAGUGCCCCUGAUCAUUGCGGCUGGCGGAGGUGGCAGGGCCUACGGGGCCAAGACGGACACGUUCCACCCCGAGAGGCUGGAGAAUAACUCCUCGGUUCUAGGGCUCAACGGCUACUCCGGAGCCGCAGGUCCCACCACCAUCACCUGCCGGAGCAGAGAGGGCUCUGGGCGCUUUGGGAGUGGCAACGCAGCCUCAGACAAUGACCCUGAGAUGGACGGAGAGGAUGGGGUGUCCUUCAUCAGUCCCCUGGGCAUCCUGUACACCCCGGCUUUAAAAGUGAUGGAAGGCCACGGGGAGGUGAAUAUUAAGCACUACCUCAACUGCAGCCACUGCGAGGGCGACGAGUGCCACCUGGACCCCGAGAGCCACCAGGUCAUCUGCUUCUGCGACCACGGCACCGUGCUGGCUGAGGACGGGGUCUCUUGCGUUGUGUCGCCCACCCCCGAGCCCCGCCUGCCACUCUCACUCAUCCUCUCCGUCGUGACCUCUGCCCUCGUGGCCGCCCUCGUCCUGGCGUUCUCCGGCAUCAUGAUCGUGUACCGCCGGAAGCACCAGGAGCUGCAAGCCAUGCAGAUGGAACUGCAGAGCCCCGAGUACAAGCUGAGCAAGCUCCGCACCUCAACCAUCAUGACCGACUACAACCCCAACUACUGCUUUGCCGGCAAGACCUCGUCCAUCAGUGACCUGAAGGAGGUGCCACGGAAAAACAUCACCCUCAUUCGGGGUCUGGGCCAUGGUGCGUUUGGGGAGGUGUAUGAAGGUCAGGUGUCUGGAAUGCCCAACGACCCGAGCCCCCUGCAAGUGGCGGUAAAGACGCUGCCUGAGGUGUGUUCCGAGCAGGACGAGCUGGAUUUCCUCAUGGAAGCCUUGAUCAUCAGCAAAUUCAAUCACCAGAACAUCGUGCGCUGCAUCGGGGUGAGUCUGCAGGCCCUGCCCCGGUUCAUCCUGCUGGAGCUCAUGGCAGGAGGAGACCUCAAGUCCUUCCUCCGGGAGACCCGCCCUCGCCCGAACCAGCCCUCCUCCCUGGCCAUGCUGGACCUUCUGCAUGUGGCCCGGGACAUUGCCUGCGGCUGCCAGUACCUGGAGGAAAAUCACUUCAUCCACCGGGACAUUGCUGCCAGGAACUGCCUCCUGACCUGUCCGGGCCCUGGAAGAGUAGCCAAGAUUGGAGACUUCGGAAUGGCCCGGGACAUCUACAGAGCGAGCUACUACCGAAAGGGCGGCUGUGCGAUGCUGCCAGUGAAGUGGAUGCCCCCGGAGGCCUUCAUGGAAGGAAUAUUUACAUCCAAAACAGACACGUGGUCCUUCGGAGUGCUGCUGUGGGAAAUAUUCUCUCUCGGAUACAUGCCGUACCCCAGCAAGAGCAACCAGGAGGUCCUGGAGUUCGUCACCAGCGGAGGACGGAUGGACCCCCCGAAGAACUGCCCUGGGCCUGUAUACAGGAUAAUGACCCAGUGCUGGCAGCACCAGCCUGAGGACAGGCCCAACUUCGCCACCAUCCUGGAGAGGAUCGAAUACUGCACGCAGGAUCCAGAUGUGAUCAACACGGCUUUGCCAAUAGAAUACGGCCCACUCGUGGAGGAGGAGGAGAAAGUGCCCGUGAGGCCCAAAGACCCUGAGGGAGUCCCUCCUCUCUUAGUCUCUCCCCCCGCAGGGAAAGGGGGGGACAGGCAGGACCCAGCCGCCCUGGCCCCCCUGCCCUCCACUUCCUCGGGCAAGGCGGUGAGGAAGCCACCGGCGCCAGAGGUCAACGUUCCAGUCGCCAGAGGGCCGGCCGUGGGAGGGGGACACAUUAACAUGGCAUUCGCUCAGUCAAACCCGCCAUCCGAGCUGCACAAAGUCCAGCGAUCCCGAAACAAGCCAACCAGCCUGUGGAACCCAACCUACGGCUCGUGGUUCACAGAGAAGCCGGCCAGGAAGGCCCGCCCUCCAGCACAGAAGGAACCCGAGAGGGGAGGCCCGGGGCCCGGGGGCCCCGUCCCGCCCAGCGCUGCAGCGGGCAGAGUCCCCGGGGCCUCCCUGCUCCUGGAGCCGUCCUCGCUGACCGCCAGCGUGAAGGAAGUGCCCCUGUUCAGGCUGCGUCACUUCCCGUGCGGCACUGUCAACUACGGCUACCAGCAGCAGGGCCUGCCCCUAGAGGCCACCGCCCCCGGGGCCGGUCACUACGAGGACACGGCCCUCCAAAGCCAGCCCGGGCCCUGA